AUGGACCGGGAGGCAGGGCCCGUGCACUACCAGCAGUUGCUCCUCUGGGAGUCAUACCUGGAUUCUGAAGAAGAGCAAGAGGGGGAGACCUCAGAACCCCUGGUCCCCCAUCCCUGGAGGCUCCAGCACUUCUCUGGGUACAAGGCCAGUAGCCUCCUGGAAGCCUGGUCCCGAAUAUUGGCGGCUCUGCUGCUGCUGGCCGUGGGCUUCUCCCUGGCAGCAUGGCAAUUCCAGGCAAGCAGAGGAUCCGUUGAAAGCUUGGACUCCAUGGGCCCUCCACCCACCGGGCACUCCCAUCUCCCGGGCGUGUACCACCACAGUGCCAUCAUCAGCCCUGCUGAGGCCUGCUCCGCCAUGGGCCGGGAGCUGCUUGUGGCCGGAGGCAAUGUCGUGGACGCUGGAGUUGGAGCAGCCUUGUGCCUCUCCGUGGUGCAUCCCCAUGCCACAGGACUAGGUGCCAUGUUCUGGGGCCUCUUCCACAAUAGCUCCUCAGGCAAUUCAACGGCUCUGACCCCAGGCCGCGCACAGCUCCUGGCCCCUGGGCUAGGGCUACCCUCAGCUCUGCCCGCCCUGCAUUUGCUGCAUGAUCGCUUGGGCCACCUGCCCUGGCCACGCCUACUGGAGGGCCCCACCACAUUGGCUCAGGAGGGCUUCCUGGUGGACGAACCGCUGGCAAAGGCACUGGCAGCCCAGGGCUCCAAGGGGCUCUGCCCCCUGCUUUGCCAUGCCGAUGGAAGCCCCCUGGGCCUUGGGACCCGAACCACCAACCCCAGCCUGGCAGCUGUGCUACAGAGAGCAGCGCUCGCCCCGACCCCAGGCCUCGCCGGGAAGGCCCUCCUGAGUCUGAUGGGCAGUGACCUGGGGCUGGAGGGCCCCUCCGCUGAGCCAGCGCCCACCUUGGAGCCAGCCCUCCAGCUGUCUCUGCCCCAGGGCAUCUUGUUCACCACCCCCAGCCCAUCAGCCGGCCCAGAACUGCUGGCCCUGCUGGAGGAGGCCCUCCACUCCGGGAAGCCCAGCUUGGAUUCCUGCCCCCCACUCCUGCUAGCCGCCGGGGCCCCUGGGAGCAGUGUCCUGGCUGCCAUCGAUGGCCGUGGCUCGGUGCUCCUCCUCGCCUCCUCAGUCAACAGCUCUUUCGGCUCCAGACGCCUGUCCCCCAGCACGGGGGUUCUGCUCAGUGACCUGGUGGCCAGCUCCGCGACCAGUGCCUGGGCCUGCCCCCUCCUUCUCCACAGCAACACGGAUGAUGCGGAGGCUGAUGUGUUGGGGCUGGUAGCUUCUGGGGCCCCCAAGGUGGCCAGGGCUGUGACAAGUGCGCUGCUCAGACACCUGGAAGCACCCCAAACUCAGUCCCACCAGCACCACCACCAGCACCACCACCAGCAAGGACCCACAGAGGUUCCCAGUACUUGUGUCCAGGGGACGUUGCUCCAGGUGACAAGCCACGCAGAACACGCUCAUGUCUCCAGUGUCCCCCCUGGCUGCUGCCCCUUCCAGGGUGUCUAA